UUCUCUGUGUAAUUUCUUUCUUCUUCUUUCUUUUUUUUUUCCAAUUAUUUUUUGUGUGUUUGUUCCAUGGCAGAUCAUUCACGGGCCACAUCUCAUGAGUUUUGCAGCGAUUUUGGCUUUGGAAGUGUUUGUAAAGUUUGCAAAUCAUUCGUCUCCAUUUUAUCUCCUAACAAGAAAACACAUCAAAAGCCCAAAUCCAAUAUCCUCCAACAUAAUCAUCACAAGGUUAGUGUAAAGAAAAGUAUUGUUGAUGAAGCCAUAGAUGAUGUUGAAGAAUUUAGAUAUAAGCACAAUGAAGAAAGACUUAAUAAUAAAAACAAAAGCAACGAACAUUACUACUACACAAGUUCUCCCAUUUCAAGUCCUCCUCAUUCAAGAAGCACUAGCCCAUCUAGACUCUCACGGACAAUUUCUCGAAUUUUUCGGACCACAAGCGUAAAAAAUCACAACCUUGUUCAUUCGAAUAAUGGCAAUAAUGGUGGUGGUGAUAGCAGCGGAGCAGCAUUAGCGAGCACACUAUCAUGUAAUGCUAGUCAUGUUGACAUGACUACUCAUGCAGCUCCAAAAUCCUUUUCGUGGAGCGUGAGCCCAAGGAAUGGUAAUGGUGCGGAAGCGGAUCCCGCUUCUGCACCCUCAACAACAUUACCGGCCUCGUUUUCCCGUAAUGCGAGCCGGAAGAGCUCAACUCCAAUAAUGUUUUCCAACUCGACUGGAUUGGUAAAGCCACCACCAACGGAAAAGACACUCGAGUGCACCUUAGAGGAGUUGUGCUUUGGGUGUGUUAAGAAGAUGAAAGUCACAAGAGAUGCAAUGACAGAUAAUGGGUUAACUGAAGAAGAGGAAGUACUAACAAUCAAAGUGAAGCCAGGAUGGACAAAAGGGACAAAAAUAACAUUUGAAGGCAAGGGUAAUGAGAGGCCAGGAACUACAGCAGCAGAUGUAAUCUUCGUGCUCGCGGAGAAACGACACCCUCUAUUCAAGAGAGACGGCGACAAUUUGGAGUUGGCAGUAGAAAUCCCAUUGGUAAAAGCUCUUACAGGUUGCACUAUUUCCAUACCAUUGUUGAGUGGGGAGAAGAUGAGUUUAACAAUUGAUGAUAUUAUAUGUCCUGGUUAUGAAAAGAUUAUAGCAGGACAAGGGAUGCCUAAACCCAAAGAGGAAGGAAUCAGAGGGAACUUGAUUGUCACUUUCUUAGUAGCAUUUCCAACUGAAAUUGCUGAUGAACAAAGGUCUGAUGUAGUCAGGAUUUUACAAGAUUGUUGUUGAGAGAACUGAUUUGGUCAUUUUAUCUGCUUAUUAGUUGUGCCACAGCUAGCAAAAACAGAGUAUUAUAGAGCGAUGCCGGUUGUUGUCUAU